CGAAACAUUGCCUACUGAGUCGAUUGUCCUGUCACAGGAUUUCUUUUGCUCUCUCUGGUCUUUUCUGCUUGUCACUGUGCUGUCUCUUCUGUGUAAUGUGAGUGGAGUGUGGACGUGGCGUCCCAGUGUGUAUGUGCAUAUGGCAUGUGAUGGCUCCUACACAGUGUUUAUCGUCCCUCUGCAGAACAGCCUGUACAGCUCAGAUGCGCUGCGAUACUUCCACUGGCUGAAGAAACUGCGUGCUCUGGAGAGAGAGAAAGACAGUCUAUGGAUUGGGCUGCAGGUCCUGGAACAGGCUCGGUUCUGGUAUCAACACCAGCUUGAUCACGUCUCCCAGAGGCAUGCAAGGAUGGACACAAGAGAACAUGAUGAGGAAGAUGAGGGCCGGUCGUGUGCGUUACGCUCCUCUAUGCAGCGUGUGAACGGAAGUCUGGGCAGUUUGCUGAACAAUGCAUAUGUAUGUAGUGUGGCCCCUGAUGAGAAGGACGGUUCGGACUGGUAUUUGCGCUGGAACAAUGCCACACUCACCCAGGAGGUGAGUCAGAAGAAUAGCAGGAUUUCUAUGCUGGAGUUAGAGAAAGAGAUACUCAUUCAACAACAGGAUAGAAUACACUACUUCUGAGGCCACACACACACACACACACACACACACACACACACACACACACACAGAUAUACGAUACUCAAUUUCCAUCUUUGUAAGUGAUACUGAAUGUGCUUUUGAAUGUACUUUUAAACACACAGCCUAAAUCUGUGAUCUUACUGUACUUACUGUAUCAGUUGUAAAUAUUUUUGGAAAAAAGUACAUUUGUCAUUUAAUAUAUUCCUGUUUACUAUUUCUUACUUAAUAAAGUUAGAUGGUGUUCCUUGAAUACAAAUGUGAAUUGUGAAUUUAUA